AAAGGUAUUCACAAGGGGGCACUAUUGAUUGGCGCCGUGAAUUGGAGCUCGAGAGGUCGAGAGAGGCGAUACUACAAACACUGCCUGUCGGACAACGUUCGUUACGGCUUCUCAAAGAUUCAUUACAAAUGAUUUUCAUUGUGAUGACGACUGGUAUUUCGAAAAUGUUGGGCGCAAGUUGCGAAGGGUAUUGAUGAAACACACAGGUGUUGGCGUGGGCUUUGCCGGGGGUACUUUAGACAUCCUAGUUCAUUGGCUGAAUGAUCUUCGCACUGGGAGGUGUGGAUAUGGCAUUGCAUACAACGCGUUGGCUUGUUGCAGCGGGUUAGAUCCCGGAGAACCUUGCACCCAAUGGAAAACUUGGAGCCAAUGGUUCGGAGUCACCUCUCUGGCCGGACAAUCAAUUAUCCAAGCAACUGCCUAUAUGAUUCUAGCAGUGAUCUAUGCAUCCACUGCAGCAUUCCUCGUGAAAAGUUACGCCCCCUACGCAUUCCACACUGGGAUUCCAGAGAUAAAAGCAAUAUUGAAUGGUUACGUUUUGGAUGCCUUCUUGGGGCCCUGGACGUUGCUUAUUAAGUCCCUAGGACUGGCACUUGCAGUGGCAUCUGGGCUUUCACUUGGUAAAGAGGGUCCGCUCGUUCAUGUAAGUUGCUGCAUUGCGUUACUCGCCUCCCGCCUCUUUGCCUCCUUCCGUCGGAAUGAACUGAGGAAACGAUUAAUUCUCUCCGCGGCUAGUGCAGCUGGUGUCUCGGUUGCGUUCGGGAGUCCCUUGGGUGGUGUCUUGUUUGGUUUGGAGGAAUUGGACCUCUUCUCGAACGAACAUAUGAUAUGGACCGCAUUUGUCACUUCUGUUGUUGCGUCUGGGAAGCUCGUCCUUUUCCAGAUCAGUAAUUCGACGUCAGAAUGGAGGGCAUUUGAGCUUGUCCCCUGGCUAUUUUUGGGUGCCACGGGCGGCGUUUUAGGGUCGCUGUUCGUUCAACUGAAUGUCCGCAUUGCUGCCCAUCGGGAACGCAGCUCUCUCAAGCAUUGGCCUCUUGUUGAGGUAAUCAGCGUCACGGCCAUAACGACAAUCAUAAGUUUCCUGAUCCCUUACAUGAAGGUCCAGACUUCCAGUUUAGUGGACGAAUUGUUCAAGGAAUGUGAUCCAAGUAUAGACCCCCUGGGUCUCUGUAGUAUCAACGCUGCAUGGACUACAAUAUUUAUGCUAGUGAUUACGUCUGGGCUAAAAUUGGGCCUCACGGCUUGGACGUUUGGGAUGAAGGUGCCUGCUGGAAUAUUCCUUCCGUCAUUAGCAAUUGGUGCCUCGCUUGGACGUGCACUAGGCCUGCUCCUACAAGCCUGGCAUCGGGCGGCGCCUUUGACGUGGAUUUUUGUCUCCUGUCCCGCCGAGGGCCAGUGCAUAUCUCCGGGCUUCUACGCAGUCAUUGGCGCUGCAGCCAUGCUCGCUGGAGUCACUAGGAUGACAAUUUCCAUAGUUGUAAUAUUGUUUGAGUUGACGGGGGCUCUAUCACACGUUCUCCCAAUCAUGGUCGCAGUAUUGGUGUCGAAAUGGGUGGCAGACUCCAUGUUCCCCGACGGGAUAUACACGACAUGGAUAAAACUUCAUAACUAUCCGUUCUUACCCAAUUCCGAGUUCCGUGACCGGGGAGAGAUUGCGGAAGACUUAAUGACCCCAACCAGAGAGCUCGCAGUGAUUGACGGAAGGAUAACAACUUUGGAUGAAUUGGUUAAAUGCAUUCACAGGGUGGACCAUGAUGGGUUUCCUAUUGUCGACGAAGGGUAUCCAGUUGGCUAUGUAACACGGGACGAUCUCCGGAAAGAAAUAGAUCCGUAUCUGAAUAGCACCACAGUAGAGGGGCGGUCGCAUCUGGACCGCCCCUCAAAUUGUACGUUCUUGCCGGGAGAAGGAGAUGCUAUUGAUCUAUCUCGGGUCAUGGACCAGACAGCGAUGAGGUUAAAGAAAGAGGCACCUUUGGAGGUGGUGGUUCGCCUUUUUCAAACGCUCAACCUCCCGUUUGUCCUCUUCACUUCGGAAGGUAGACUGGCAGGUCUCAUGACAAGACGCGAUAUCACGCACCUGUUCAGUACAGAGCAUGAGAUCAGAGGCGUUAUAUCCGACCCUGAGCUGGAAAAAAUAAGGGCCACCGCCUGAAGUCGACGCGUAUCCAGGCUGGAUCCCGCCCUUCAUUGAUGCGUAUCCAUUCCGUAGCCUAAUGGUUUUGUCUUUUUUGGUUUCCAAUGGCCCACUGCUUUAUUUUCACUAGUUAUCUUGG